GCCAAAAUUUUAUCAGCAUAUGUAUGAAAGCGGUGCGGACAACAUGCCAUACGGGGCACAAAGACAGGAGUGUGACAGAGGGCUUCUUGGAUUUUCCACUUCUGGCUACCCGCGGGCUGCCAGAGCCAGCCAGAGCGUCUUGCUCCGCCCACUGCCCCACGCACUUCUGCCGGGCGUUCGUUUUGCUCUAGCUGGAUGGUUCUGGUAACCUGCGGGCUGCCAGAACCUGCCAGGACGAUUUUGGUCUGGCUGCUCUCUGGAAGUUCUCUGGCUGGCAGACGACGAAAAGAGGCGAUGGGCGCUCGCCGCCAUCUUUGCGGGGACUUCACGGAUUGAAACGCGGGCGCUUGAGGACUUAUCGCUCAGCCAACUGUCUACGCGGUCAUCUUCAGAUUUCCUUACUUCUAGCGUUAUCUGUUUAGGUGCUAACGCUCCGUUCCGCAUUGCGAAGCGGUGUGAUACGAGCAGUGGUGAACCAUUUGAAGCUUUUGUAUGUGUAUGUGUGUGUCCCCUGAAGGCUUCUUCGUGUUUGAACUGCAGGCCGUUGAUCUAAGAAUGCAGUGAUUGAGUAAUAGGGACACGUACAUUAGGCACACGUACAUUGGCUUAUUGCUCUCAUGAUCGCGACCAAUGUUGUUUUUCGUGUGAAACGUUUCGCUAGUCACAGGCGGCGUGCAUUUUCAUGCGCCAGCCGCGUCCCCAGCUCCUUAGGGUCGAAACGAGAAGCACCAUCAGCCAGAACAAACUUUCUGAAAUCUAAGCCCAAGCAGGUCGGCACGAAACUUUAUGCAUAUGAGACGUACCCGAUAUCCUGCUUUUUCAUGCUUUGUGAAGUGAUGACACAACGCCAACUCAUCAAUGUCGCCGAUGGGCGACGUGAUCGCUGCGAGCAGGGAUCCUCGAGCUAUUGCUUUCGAGUAUACAAUCACGCGCGAUUUCGCGUCUUGACAUCGGACGCGUCGGAGGCCAUCUGUUGCGCAGCGAAAGGGGAGGCUGGCCCAGUGGGCGUCUUGCGCCGAGUCGCGCGAGAGUGAUCGUACCCUGAACGCAAUUGUAUAUUUUCAAGCUGGCAACGCAUAAAUGGGCCGACUACGCCAAGCGCGCGCCAGCCUCGCCGGACGCUGCCAUGCUGGUAGCAUGUUUACAUUUGGCCAGCUGUACCGGCGUUCUGUUUUGCCAACUUCGGGCAGGUUCGGGUUGUCUUGGGAUCCCAGCCCACGUGACUUCCUAUCAGGACCGGAACUAGCUGGCUGCCAUCUGGCUGCCAGCGGGCUGCCAGAGCUCCGAAAAUCGAAGAAGCCCAGAAACGGUAGAGUACCGGAGCAGUGAUGCGACAAAGCAGCGUUCCCUUGUUGAAGUGUUGCAGCAAUAAUUUGGUUAUUGCCUCGCCACAUCGCUGCUCAUUUCACCGAUUAGCCGCACUCAGUCAUCUACGCCAUUGCUUGCGUCAGCGCAGAAAUUGCGAAGUUUCAGAAAAAAAAAAAGGACCUCCGAGAUUUGGAGGCGCUCGCUCGCCACCCAAUCUCGGAGGCCAUGGUUCCACCUGAAUGGUCGUUUGGGACGGCCUCUCGCAGCGUUCGUGCUGGGUGCCUUCUCGCGCUGGUUGUGCGGCGAGCCGUCGGUGGGCCCGACGACGCCAGUACGCGCGCCACUGCACGAACCCGAGCGGGGCCAGCAGUUUCCUUACCGGCUGGCCUGCAUGGUGCUAAGCCUCGCCGCGCUCGUCAUCGGCUCGCUGGUGUCCGCCAUGGCGUUCGAGAAGCACUGGCUGCCGCCGCACUGCGACGUGUUCGGCUGCUUCCGCCCGCCGCAACCCAGAGGGGCUGCAAGCCGACGCGACAGCAAGCUCUGGACCAGACCUGAAGUCACCGAGUACGAGCAGACCAUCAAGACAGGUGCGGAGUGCGUCAGGUCGGAGCUGACCAAUAGGAGCGAGCGCUCGCAGAUGCCUGCUGGGAGGUCGCGCGCGACGAGCGUGGCCGCGUUAGAGACGUCCGGCAAGAGCGAUCGCAGCCAGAGAACGACGGGCUCGAACGGACGGCGCAAGUCUAGGGCUGCUGCGGCUUCCACAAGGGCGCCCGAGCCGAGCAACAGGGGUGGCCGCGUCGGCAAGCAUCGGCAGCACCACGCCAAGAAGGGAAGCAACGAAACGCAGAUGACCGUCAAGGACGCCUGAGAUAUCCGGCUCCUCUCGGAGGGGGCGGCGUGGCAGCUGGCUCCCGCACAAAUAGUGCCUGUGGGGGAGCGAACGAGCGGGCGUGGUUUCUUCCUGGACAAUACGGUUCUUCGAUGCCAGCGCGGUAGCACACCCCCUGUCCUGGACCGGGACCAUGCUGCGCCGCUUGCACCGCAGUACCAAGGACGGUCGCACCCGGUCCCGGGGCGAAAUCGUGCUAAACCGCAGCAUGGCAUCAGGACCAAGGAAGGCCUCACUCGCCGUUGAGCUUCGCCAUCUUCUUAAUAUGUGUAUGUGUGUGUGAUAAGCCGGAUGCGUGUGUGUUGUGCCGGGUAACCGGGAUAGUAAAUGGACAGCGCGUUCAUAGCGAAGACACUGGCGAUGUGCUUGCCACAAGUGCGGAUGACAAUGAUAGUGGUUCGGCGAACCAAAGUGCGGUCGUCAGGCACAUUCGUCUCGUGGAAACGUUAGUUCAGCGAGAACUCCCGUAUGUCUGGGACGACGACGGCCUGGGUGGGACGCUUUCUUCCAGCACGCAUCCGGUGGCGCAAGCUUGGCCUCCAAGAUCGCACAUGCGCAUCUCUGAAGCCACGGUACAAGCUACCAGGAAGGCUGGCCCUUUGUGAUGACUUGCUUGGUUAAGGGGAAGAAUGGGCCGCGUGACUGGAAGCCAGGACGUCCAUCCAUAGAACUAAAUUAGCUGUCAAAUUAGCAUGCUGAACUGGGCAGGUGUCUACAGACACGGGAUAGCCAAACGCUUUGCCUGCUCUAUACAUGGUCAAUGUUAAUAAUUGCGCGUUAUUUGAAAUGAAUACCUAAACGAAAAGUUCAGUCUUAUAGUUACUACUUAACCUCCGCUUAAAGCAUGGUCCCAAUUGGGGCGCCUGAGAAACAUCAGCCCGGUUAUGCACAAGUCUUUUUUUUCAGACAUUGGAAAAUCACUUUGCCAUGCACAGGAGACACGUCAUCCGGCUGUCUGGCUUGGUAUACAGAGGAAGUAGUCCAACGCAGAAAAAGCAAUGGGUAUCUGGCGACUCUUUUAUACAUUUCUCAUAUAUUAGAAUGGAGUGCGGUCACAAUCAUCGGGGCAAAUGUAGUUGCACAAACGUAUUAUCGCUAAAUAACCCCCUCUGACUAUCGUCAUUGCACAAAUGCUUCCCAUUGCAAACGUACUGCAACGGGAUAUGCGAGAAUCCUCAAACGUGGAGUUUAGGGGAGCGCCAAUUGUCGCCCGCAGAAAGGAGCUGCUGGCACUCUAUUGCUUUUAGGCUUAGGCGUACGUGUAAUGCGCCGCAGUAUACGUUUCUACUUCUUUCUCCCGCAAACCACAAAUGGACAACGUAAAACGUCGGUACACAUUUUUAUUACGCAUCUGUCCGAAUGGAUAUGCCUGCUGGUGAGUUCAGUAUAAGGCCGCUAACCUAGCUGCACAUGCUGCAGUGCAUGCAGAUCAACAGGUGAGCUUCUCAGGUGCCUUAACAUUUUCAACGUCCCCGAUGCAUCUGCGGUCUCUACUGGUGAGCUCCCUCCGCCUGAAGGUCUAACCGGUGAAGCAAUAGAAUGUUGCAGCAUGCCACGAGUCGACGAACAAACUUAUUUGUGCUCGUCGUCGGAGCUAUGUGUGUGCGUUUGUGCAUUCGCUUGGACGUGCUUCACCGCGAAUUACUUUCGCUGGAGGAGUUGAUCGUUUCUACAGUGUAGGCACGGUGCGCGAUGUUCUACAAUCUAUGGGGAAUAAAAUGCCCCUUUGAUUACAGUAUUCGAAAAUGUGAAGCGCGUGUAAACGAACGCCAUGAAUUUCGCAACCUAUUCGCAGCCGAAGACCGCGGCCGUAUCGGAAACUCUUGGCACCAGGAGCGCGACCGGCACUUAGACGUUACCACGCACUCUCUUGAUAGAGCUUUGUAUAGUCGGGUCUUUGUGCGCGCGACAAGUGAUCAGCCACUUAGGGUGUACACUGAAAUCUAGUACACUCCACGCCUACUAUAUUUAUGCGGAUUGGGGUCAAUGAUGAUGACAAUAACGACGAUAAGAGCAUUUGCUGUGCGGACAUGGAAUGAUGCUACAGAGAAAGAUGAAAAUGACAACAUUGCGGCACUCUGCGAUUGCUUGGACCUUCAAGCAAUACUGCGCGAUUUCUCUUCUGUGUUUAUUUUCAACUCUUUUAUUGGCUGUUAUUUGUUCAUUUAAGCUUAUUUCAUAUUAAAUAUGCCGUCCACGUCUUGGCCAGUCCCUCGUUGCCGUGCAUAGUGUGAAAAUCAUCAGCUUAUAUGGAUCUGAUGACGUCAUUCAAUACAGUUCACACGUCCUGCUUUUGCAAACGUGUUCACUCUGAAUCCGCGAAGAAGAAGUGAAAGGAAAGUUAAUAAAAUAUUCUGCUGCUUGC